AUGGCUACACGGUACCCAGCAUCUCCGCGCGAUUCGCUCCGGCUCCCGCCCCCCGCCAGCCUCCUUCGCCUGGCAUCACCUUCGGAGCCCCGAAAUCGCGACCUCCCCGUGAUGACCCUCGACCGCCCGAGGUCACCGCCACAGCACUACGAGCACGCCUCGUCUUCCAUGCAAGGUCAUUGGGGCCGCACCGCUCCACCUCUUGGUCGGCUCGAAGACCACCGAGGUCGACCCUCGACUGCGCGUGGCAGAUCACCUGACUUCGCCAAGACACCCUCGUAUGGACAGGCAGAGGUUGCGGCAGGCUCGAGCAUAGCAACGCAGCAGCGGAGUGGCGUCAAGCGACCCGCUCCCGACGCUUCUCCAGCCGCAUACGCAGCGCCACCUCCGCAUGAACGCAAUAUGGGCUCGGCGUCCAGACGCCCCAACGAGUCUAGCCCGACGAUGCCACCUGCGGACAUCUACUACGGCGCCGGUCCCCGCGAUGGCUCCUACAGCGAUCAUGCUGCACACGACCCCUAUCGUAAGCACGCUCGGACCAAGAGCUACCACUCGGAACGGUCGUACGAGCAACUGUACCCCUCGCCAGGGUCCUUGCAGCCUAUGCGCUCCCCCGGCGAGCUGCCGCAGGCCCAACACGGCUCGCCUGCGUCUGCGUCUGCGCCCACGCCCUCCGCCUAUCACGUAUCCCCUUCUCGCUUCAGCAGGUCGCCCAGCGACGAAGGACAGCGGCCGCACGACCAUUCGCGCGAGCGCCAGAGAGGCACCGUCCACGGCUCGCCACAUCCCCUGAGCAGGGGGCCCGAUUCGAUCAACCCGUACCAUGCCAUUGCCGUUUCGCGGGCGACCGAGGCUAGAGGCGAUUACAUGCAGCACCAGCAUCAGCAGCAGCGCAAGCGCCUGCGCAUUUCGCGCGCCUGCGACGAGUGCCGAAGGCGCAAGACCCGCUGCGACGUCGUCGGAGCCUUCCCUGGAGAGGCGGGUCACCCAGCCACCAUCGCCGGCCUCGUUCCUCCGAUUGAGCCGCACCAGGAACCGCAGGGCGACAUGCUGAUCCUGCAGCCGUGCAUGAACUGCCGCCGUAGCGGCAUCACCUGCUCGUACAGCAAGCGUCCCCUGAAGCGCGGGCCCAGUAAAGGCUACAUCAAGGACCUCGAGAGGCGCCUCAACUCGCUCGAGUCCCAGAUGGUCGCUCCAGAUGGCGCGGCGUCAGCUGUCGGAGCGCCCUCGGACACGGCCGCGGCGAAGCCCAAGCGGUCGGCCAAGGACGCCAUUAUGCAGUCGACGCUGCAUGCCACUUUUCCGGUCGUCUGCUACGCCGCUGGAGAGAGCAGCACACCGCCUCUUGAGAGCAGGAUGCUGUCGCGGGGCCACAAGAUCUUGGCCGAGGCUCUUGAGCCCCCGCCCACGAGCCCUUCGGCUACCGGCUCCGAAGCGGACCACACGCGCGUGCCAGAAAAGGGGCUGGAACGGAUCAAGAACAAGCCUCAUUCCUCUCGCCUGGCGCAAAUCAUUGGACAGGCGUCUGCCGGCCUGGCCUCGGCCAGUGGCGACCUGUUCUCGUCUCAGCGCACGGGCAGGCUCGACAACGACAGGCUCAAGAGCAUGCGGAAGCUGGCUGCCGACGUAGCGGCGCAGGAGGCCGAUCUGCUGAUGCUGUGCCAGCUCGACCUCCUCCGUCACGGCCAGCCCAACAAGAGUGCGCUCGCCGCCGCCGUCACCAAGCUCGACGCCGGCGACGGAUCCGCACGCCAGCUGCGGCGCAGGGUCGUCAUGUUUACCAUGGACCGCUGGCACUCUGCCGGCUUCGGCACGCCUCACGUCGUCACCGGCCGCCAUGCCCUCGACCGCACGGCCUUCCAGACGAUGAAGGACGCGCUGGCCGACGUCGAGCGCUCGCCUCUGGGACCAGGCAGCUACGAGGUGGUGCGGGCCUCUGUGAUGCUCGGCCACCUGCACGACAUGGCGCAGUCGGCCGGCGGCUGGAAGCACAUCUCGCCUAGCGACGUCGACUCGAUCGUUCACAGCGUCACCAACCAGGCCGAAUCGCACAUCGCCGAGGGCAGUCAGCUGGACCCGACGUGCGAUGCGGCCUUGCGGUACAGCCUCGAACACGCCGUGCGCACCUACCACGCGCUGCACACGCUGCCGCCGGCGGGCCAGGCCACGGUCGAGGACAUCGGACGCCUGUUUGAGAUGACGGAGCGCAUCAUCGUCCUCGGCAAGGCCAAGACGCCGCUGACGCCGGCGAGCAAGCUCUUCCGGUCGGCCAUCGGUCCGCACGUCGCCGCCAUGGUCGCCGUGUCCUUCUUCUGGUGCUACAAGGUCAUUGCCAUCCUCACGGCCCAGGCAUAUGGAGGCAGCGGCAUCGCCUCUCCCGCCUCGGCCUCCUCGGCCUCCUCCUCCUCCUCCUCCUCGUCGACGCUGCGGUCCCGUGACCGGGUGCUCGACCACAAGGGGCUGGUCUCGGCCUCGCUCCAGCCGCUGGAGCAUUACCGCCGCAAAAUGUCCGACUACGUGCGCAUGGUGGGCAUGCUGUGCAUGUUUUCGGGCGGCGCGCCCGACGACGCGGCGGCCUUCAAGCCCCUCUACCUGCGCCUCUCGCUCUUCCAGAACCAGACCCUGGGCUUCUGCACCAAGCUCGGCUGCCUGCUGCAGCCGCCAGCGGCCGACUCGCCCGCCCGCGACGGCAUCCCCGUCCUCGAGCACGAGGCCGACGCCUUUAUCGACACGGCCAACGGGAUGGGAUGCCUCGGCUACGUCCUCGCCUCGACCAAUGCCGGCGAGGCGUGGUCCCUCCUCUCCGGCGCAGCCGCUGCCGCCGCCACCGAACCCGCUUCGCCGCCGCCGCCGCCGUCGUCGUCGUCGUCGUCUUCGCCCGCUCACGCUGUCACGUCGGCACCGACGUCGGCUUGA